AUGAAGUCUGUCAAUCAUUUUAUAGGCUGUGCAAUCCUGCUAGGGGCGAGGAUUGUCAUGGCUAACAAUGCGGUUUCUGGCAACGCCUUUACGAACAACAAUGGUCUUGCGGCCGCGGAAGCUGCUGCCCCUAUGUGGUACAUGCCAUCGGGAACUUGCAUGCCAUCAGCUGCUGAAGAUGGCCAAGGCCAUCAGACGAAUGGUGUUGACGCGGACAAUUGUAACAUUGGAAAACUUUCCCAUAACUGUCCACCGCAGCCGCAAUGGCAAGGGACCAAUACCUUCUAUGGAAACGUCGCAGGCGAGCCAUUUGGCACUAUCCCGACGUACUGGUCAGUUAAAAAGUGUGGUGACAAUUGGAAGGUGAUCUACUAUGUUUAUUUCAAGAAGGACACUGGUCACAAGAGUGACUGGGAAGGCAUCGUCGUGAGCUUCAGAAACAGCGGGGGAGACAAUUGGGUUCGUGACACGGUCAAGAUGGAACAGGAUGGCAAUCAUAAGCAGAUCAACUGGAGCGAUAUCAACGACACUUUUGAUGGUUUGGGCGACUGGCAAAACUUCCAGCAGAAGAACCGCGACCACGGAAAAUUCUACUUUGGCAAAUUCCACCACUCAGUCCACCAAGAUUGGCACACAACCAGCUUUAAAAAUACCUGUCCUCCGAACUCUGACAAUGAUUUCCGCAACGGAGACUACCAAUUCUGGGCCAAGAACAAUCUUCGCCACGUCUCAGUCCUGAACCCUAGCUGGAAUUGGGGCAAGGCAUCCUCACCGGCAAAUAUCGAUCUCUGUAGUUACUAG